ACUCGCAUUUUCCGUUCGAAAUCAAGGACAUCAAAACUAAGUAAGAUGGAAAGUGAAGAGCAGCACCCCUAUCGAGCAGAUGUGUUUGCUCAAGCUGGAAUCCAAUCAGAGCCUCUGAGCACAGCAGGCACCUCCUCUCUUAAACAUCGUCACGAGUGAACAGAGAACUUUCAUUCCUAAUAGUUCUCCAAGUCCUGCAACCACACAACCGCUGGAUCCUGCGAACACAACUAAUGGCAAACCACCAAUAGUGCACUCUGUCUUUUCCACACACUGUGAGAUAUAAAAGGGAUCCUGGAUGGACCUGGGUGAUAACAGCUGGUCCAUGGUCAAGCGCGAGGUGUCCAGCAGCAGCCCAGGGUCUCCGGCUGAGCAGAGCUACCUGAACACUGACCGCAGGGACCGGCUGAGAUCACCGGCGCCGACGCACCUGGACGCGGUGGGAGCGCGUCGCGCCGAGGGCAGGCCCCUACACUCCUACCUCCACUUUGGCCAUCCCAACAACGCCCUGUCCAAUUCUGACGACGUUACACUCUUCACGGAUUUAGACCACGGCAACAAACUCAUCAUCUCAGGUGGGCACACCAGGGAGACGCAGAAGGGAGGCUUAAUUGUGGACCCUACCGACAUGUAUCAGACCCUGGCCAUCGCCGCGGCCCAGAGUCAGGCCGGUUAUAACGACACGCCACCGACCGGUUACAUGCACUCCAACCCAAAUUCUCCCGUUUAUGUGCCGACGUCUCGCGUUGGGACGAUGAUACCGAGUUUGUCGUACCUACAACCCGGCGUGUCAUCACAGCCGAGCCAUGGCGUCAGCAGUCACUCGGUCUGGUCACAGUCCGCCCCAGAGAGCCCGUCCUACAGCACUGGAAGCCCACAUACCUCCAGCCGUUUCCACUACUCCCCCAGUCCGCCUAUGAAUAACGGCACAUCUAGGGAUACCAGCUACACGAAUCCUCUGAAUGUAAACAGUCGUGACCAGUACCUGUCACGACCAAUAAGUGGAUCUUACACGAGCCCGUAUUCUCCGUAUGCUGCACCGCAGCUCUCCCAGUUACCGGCGGCGUGGCCUGCGGGGCCCUUCGAGAACUCCAUGCUGCAUUCCCUGCAGUCCAGAAGCGCACCACUGUCUAUCAGGGGACCGAACGGAGAUUUGUUGGAGGACAUGAUGGAGAGUCGCGAGUGCGUCAACUGCGGCUCCAUUUCCACCCCGCUGUGGAGACGCGACGGCACGGGUCACUUUCUCUGUAACGCCUGCGGUCUGUACAGCAAAAUGAAUGGACUCAGCCGACCAUUAAUUAAACCUCAGAAGCGUAUGUCGUCUUCGAGGCGGAUCGGCCUGUCCUGCGCCAACUGCCAGACCAGCACUACAACACUGUGGCGCCGAAACGCAGACGGAGAGCCCGUGUGCAACGCGUGUGGACUUUACACAAAGUUACACGGGGUGCCUAGGCCCCUUGCCAUGAAAAAAGAAGGUAUUCAGACAAGGAAAAGAAAACCAAAAACCUUGAACAAAACAAAGGGAUCAUCUGGAAGUAGUUCUGUCCCAAUGACUCCAACGUCUUCAUCAUCUUCUAAUUCAGAAGAGUGCACAAAGAACAGUCCUUCAUCAACACAGGUCAACUCUUCGAUGCUGGUGGGCCAAGCUGAUGUUUCAGGCACGACUGGCUCCAUGGUGAAGUAUCCUGGCCAGGAGAGCCUGUACACGAAUGUAGGCCUGACGUCCACAACUGAUGUAGCAACCUCUGUGAGAGGGGACACUUGGUGCCCCAUGGCCUUGGCCUAAACCCUGGCAUUAUGGGAUGGGAGCCAUUUGCUGUCCUUCAGCUCUCUUGAACGUCCCUUGGCGUUGUUCUUCAAAUCUCUCAGGCCGUGGGGUGUCAUCUGUUUUUGGUCUGCGUUAGUGAUCUCGAGCAGAGGCUUGAUCUGUUCCAAAUACUCCCGUUUUGGUUUCACCUGUGGAAUACUGGACAUACAUGACGGAGAUGAUCUUUUCUGCUCUGCACUAGAGGACGAUACCUGAGAGCGUCUGCUUUAACGUGCCUUCGGUACUUUCAGAGCACACCCUGCACCGCGAAUGUUGCUCGGAAGAGUAAGUGGAUCAAAAAUGAUUUCUUGAAAGUAGUAUUGUACAUAUUGAUGCUAACGGAUACUUCGCCCAUCUGGAAAGACAAAGUUGUUAUUCGGAUUUUGGCGAUCUGAAGAGAAAAUGUUUGAUCUUUCUGAAACUGGAAUUGAGGAUGAAGUGUCAAGGUGUUCUUUCGAGGAAUGCAAACAUAUUUAUGAAGCUACCGUUCAAUGUUCAAAUAAUGCAUAUAUUUGUCAAUAAAGAUCAUUUCAAAUAGUGUAGGAUUGAAGCCUUGCCCUUCCUUUAGAAAUCUUUGGUUUCAAGCAUGAUGUUGUUGCAGUGGAUGUUGCUCACUAAUCUGCACACCAUCUAUGUGGAAAGAAAAAGAAAAGAAAAAAGGUCUCUUAGAAGAAUGGGCUGUUUUGUGAUGGUUUAACAGGGUAUCACAGAUCACAGGAACUCACACGAGACUUGUAGUGUUAUGUUCGACUACACAUUUUCCUAGAGAUCACUAUCAAAUGUAAAUGGUCUAAUCAAAAUUCAUAGUGAAGAAUUUUUUUUUUUUUUUUUUUGAGAAAUCAGAAUGGCUUAAAUCAUCAGCAAAGCAUAAAUUGAAAGGACCUUUAUAUCUCUGUUAGAACAAACGGCGCUCAGGAUUUCAUUUCUGAUGCAUUUUUUGUUACAACACAAAACUGCAAAAAAAUGAUUUUGGAUGUGAGACUACCUAACAUGUGACACUGAUGCGUGAAUGUCAGUGCAUAUUGCUGUUUAUUUGUUUUAGUUUUUUUUACAAUUAUGCUUUCACGAUUUGUUGAAUGUUUUAGAGAGAGAGAAAUGUGUGCCAGAAUCGUUUCUUGUGAGUUACAAUCUAAACCACAAACAUGAUGCACAAUGACAGUAAUUAAUGAGCUAUCUAAAGAGUUGAAUUCACUCAUGAAAGAGUCGGUCUCAAGUGGUUUUGGCGUCCAUGAUUUACUGCCUCUGAUCUGUUAAACAGUUACCCAACUACAAGUUCCCCGUGUAAAUAUCUUAUGGCUUUGAAAUGCGGGACUAAAGGAGCACCAGAAGAGCCUUCUUCAAAUGAUUACUCCUUAGAGCAGCAAAGUAUUUCCAUGACCGUCACAUUUUUGGACAAGCUCAUAGAGUGUCAUAGAGAAAAUGUGUGAACAACACGAGAAACAUUUUGCUAUCAUUGUGAUUCUCAGCCUUUAUAAACUCUAGAAUUAUUUAUUUCUGCAAUGUAGUGUGUUGUUAGAGGUAUUUGUUUAUUUUAUUUGAAAUAACGUAUUUGUAUUUUAUGGUUGUAUUUUUUUUUGGUAUAAUUUCAGUUCCAAUGUAUUUUGAUUUUUGUCAUCUGGGUUAAACAGACUUAUUUGUUAUGGUUUUGUCUUGAGGUAAUUCAAAAUAUGUUGAAUCGCAAGGUGUGUUUUCCUUCUCUUUUUGUAGAUUUUAACAUUUAUUAUGGAAGGUUCUUCAUACUCUUCACAUGAACCACUGGAACCACAUCAUUUGUAAUUAUGAUAGUUUUAUUUAAAAUGAUUUUACUGAUUUUAUUGUCAUCAACAGUCAUGUAGCACAUUUUCUUGGGGGGGGGGGGGGGGGGGUAAAAUGUUCUUAAACCAUUGACUGUUUUCCAGUGUAUAGAGGAGUAAGUAUUUCAUUAUUAGAUUUUUAUUUUAUUUAAAUUGUCUCUCAGAUUAGUUUAUUAUCACUGGAACAAUAAAUAAGAGCCAUGACUAAAGUGGUUGUUUUUCCCAUCCCUUAUUUCAGUUGUAAAGGUAUUCAAAUUGUUUUAAUUUAAUCAAGUAUCAAUCAAUAUCGUUAAACAACAAAGUCUA